UGGUCCUGAGAGACACUGGCCCCUUUUUAGAGUGGACAGAGUUGAGACGGCAGGUACUGAAAGGGCAGCGUUGAUAGCUGAAACUAGGUGUUGCCACAAGGCGGAGAGGCAUCCAUGCAGGAGCAAGCUGAGUACCAGCAGAGACUCCUGCCCUUCGGCUUCAGGAAGAAGGAGCAAUGUGAGGCCUGACGCCGGGAGGCCAGGUGGAUCUGAUUGAUGUUGAGGUCAAGCUGGGGGAAGCUACGGAGAGAGCGCACGCGACCCAGCCAGGCAGGAGUUGGGAGCCAAGGGGCACCUGGGCCAGAGGCUGAGUAAGAUGUUUAAUAGGAUCCCGGAAGAACAUGCUGAUGUAGUACCGGACAGGGCUGGGGAGACACCAACACGGGGGUGCAAGGCCCAGCAAUCUGGACACAGGCCAAGGAGCCAAGAACUGUCGAAGUCCAGGUCUCCACUCUCCUACUGACACCAGCGACCACCCAGCCCAGCCAGACCAUAUGGCCUCUUGUUUUCCUGAUGUAUGAGAACUCCUGCGGGUGCCUGAGCCAGCGCAGCAGCUGCCCGGCGGGGCCAUGGCCAGCACGGCCGUGCAGAUCCUGGGCUUCCUGUUCUGCUUCCUGGGUAUGGUGGGCACACUGAUCACCACCAUCCUGCCGCACUGGCGCAGGACAGCACAUGUGGGCACCAACAUCCUGACGGCGGUGUCCUACCUGAAGGGGCUGUGGAUGGAGUGCGUGUGGCACAGCACGGGCAUCUACCAGUGCCAGAUCUACCGCUCGCUGCUGGCGCUGCCCAGCGACCUGCAGGCGGCGCGCGCGCUCAUGGUCAUCUCCUGCCUGCUGUCGGGUGUGGCCUGCGCCUGCGCGGUGGUGGGCAUGAAGUGCACGCGCUGCGCCAAGGGCACGCCGGCCAAGACCACGUUCGCCGUGUUGGGCGGCGCGCUCUUCAUCCUGGCGGGCCUGCUGUGCAUGGUGGCGGUGUCCUGGACCACCAACGACGUGGUGCAGAAUUUCUACAACCCGCUGCUGCCCAGCGGCAUGAAGUUCGAGAUCGGGCAGGCCCUGUACCUCGGCUUCAUCUCCUCGUCCCUGUCGCUCAUCGGCGGCACCCUGCUCUGCCUGGCCUGCCAGGACGAGGCGCCCUCCAGGCCCUCGCAGGCUCAGCCCAGGGCCACCACCGCCACCGCGGCCACUGCGCCCUCCUACCGGCCACCCACCGCCUACAAGGACAACCGGGCCCCCUCGGUCACCUCAGCCUCCUACAGCGGGUACAGGUUGAACGACUAUGUGUGAGUCCCCAAGUCCGGGAGCCCCAAAAGGCACCAGGACCCAGGACCCCGGCACAAAGUUUACUUCUGGGCUGUUUUUUGUGUCCAAAGGAAUAAUGUGAACUGAGGAAAUGGGCCUAGAACACCGGGAAGGAGGGGAAAAUAAGGAGAGGAGUAAAGCUCUAUAUACCAAAGACUUAAAAAAAAAAAAAACUAAAAAAAACCCUUUCUGUUUUUGUAUUUAUUAUAUAUAUUUAUGGGGGUGAUUUAAUGACAGCCGAAUU